AUGGGUGUGCGCCGGCGUUUCGAGAAGACUGGCAAGAAAGACAUCCUCAUAAAUACUUCUGGCACGGGCGUGCUUGCUGGCGACGCGAAAAGCAUGCACGACGAUCGCGUCACUUACGACGACAAUAGCGUUGAGAGCAUUGAGUUUUCGACCAAAGCUACACACGCAGCUACAUCAUCCUCCCAUCCACAAUCUGUGGUCUCCUAA